CUAAACCAAAAAGUAAAAAAUCUAGCUAGCUACAAUGGGGAACUGUUCUCUUAAAGGAAUUGCAGGAAAUAUUAGUGAUCCAGUUCGUAUAAUGACGGAUUCCGGUGGAACUGUUGAAUUCCGAGGUCCAACAUUAGCGUGUGACGUUGUUAGUGAGUAUCCGGGAUAUAAUGUUUUCCGGGAAGGAUAUCUAUCGUCACCGUUGUUUAAUGAUGAGCAACUUUUUAGUAGUCAUUUAUAUUAUCUUCUUCCAGUCAUUGAAGAAGAAGCAAAGAAAGACGACAGUGUGAUUGACAAGGAUGAGGAGAAACAAAAGGAAGUGGUGGUGGUGGAUAAGAGGAGGAAAUCGGAUGCGGAAUUGUCAGGGAACCAAGUGAGGCCAUCUUUUAGUAGAGUUUCGUCUGCCACGGUGACGGAUCUUGGAGGUAAGAAUCUAACCAUGAAACCGGCUUUAGAAGUAUUGCCGUCGUUAGGGAAUGGUGUUUGGAGAGUUAAGAUGGUGAUUGACACAAAACAAUUAGAAGAAAUAUUAUCAGAACAAGUAAAUAUUGGCGAGUUGAUUGAGAAAACGAGAGAAGUUGCAGCAGUUAGUAGAAAUAGUAAUGGCAGUGAUAGUAGUCACAGUAAUGCAAGCACACAAAGGAAAAGCUGGAGGCCUAGUUUUUCUAGUGUUUUUAAAUCAUCAUCAACGACAGCACCACCACCACCACCAGUAGCUGUUGCCAAGUAAAUUUACUUAUAUAGACCUGGAUCAAGAUCCAUAAAUUCUUGUUUUUCCAUUUUUGGGGGUUUUUAAUUAGAUCUAGGCGCUAGAUAAAUGAAUCAAAGAGUUCAUGAUUCAGUUUUUGUUUGUCAUUUUGGUUUUGGGUCGACUCAGCAGACACUUCUCUGUACGUAAUGUUUCCUUAUCUUUCUGCCAUGAAUAGUGUGGGUGUCAAGAGUCCGUGAAAUUUUAUGGUCAUGGGAAUGGCCGGCCGGAUGGGUCAUAUGUUAUUUCUGCUUGGUAUACAUUUUAU